CGCGCUCGCCGCCCGCGCUCCGCCGCCUCUGGCCGCAGCCGCCGCGCCAUCCAUGGGGGUCGCGGGCCGCAGCUGUCCCGGGGCGGCCCGGGCGCUGCUGCUGCUGCUGCUGCCGCUGCCGCUGCUACUGACGGCGGCCGCUCCGCCGGGCCCCGGCCGCGCCACGGAGCUGCCAGAGGAUGUGGAUGAGUGUGUCCAAGGGCUGGAUGACUGCCAUGCCAGUGCCCUGUGUCAGAACACACCCACCUCCUACAAGUGCUCCUGCAAGCCUGGCUAUCAAGGGGAGGGCAAGCAGUGUGAGGACAUUGAUGAAUGUGGAAAUGAACUCAACGGAGGCUGUGUCCAUGACUGUUUGAAUAUUCCAGGCAAUUAUCGCUGCACUUGUUUUGAUGGCUUCAUGUUGGCUCAUGAUGGUCAUAAUUGUCUUGACGUGGAUGAAUGCCUGGAGAACAAUGGCGGCUGCCAGCACACCUGCGUCAACGUCAUGGGGAGCUACGAGUGCCGCUGCAAGGAAGGGUUUUUCCUGAGUGACAAUCAGCACACGUGCAUUCACCGCUCAGAAGAGGGCCUGAGCUGCAUGAAUAAGGAUCACGGCUGUAGCCACAUCUGCAAGGAGGCCCCGAGGGGCAGCAUCGCCUGUGAGUGCAGGCCUGGUUUUGAGCUGGCCAAGAACCAGAGAGACUGUAUCUUGACCUGUAACCAUGGAAAUGGUGGGUGCCAGCACUCCUGCGAGGACACGGCUGAAGGCCUGGAGUGUAGCUGCCACCCACAGUACAAGAUGCACACGGAUGGGCGGAGCUGCCUCGAGCGAGAGGACGUUGCCUUGGAGGCGACAGAAAACAAUGCCACAUCCGUGGUGGAUGGGGACAAACGAGUGAAGCGGAGGCUGCUCAUGGAAACGUGUGCUGUCAACAAUGGAGGUUGUGACCGCACCUGUAAGGACACUUCAACAGGUGUUCACUGCAGUUGUCCUGUUGGGUUCACGCUCCAGUUGGAUGGCAAGACCUGUAAAGAUAUUGAUGAGUGCCAUGUCCGCAAUGGAGGUUGUGAUCAUUUCUGCAAAAACACUGUGGGCAGUUUUGACUGCAGCUGCAAAAAAGGAUUUAAAUUAUUAACAGAUGAGAAGUCUUGCCAAGAUGUGGACGAGUGCUCUUUGGAUAGGACAUGUGAUCACAGCUGCAACAACCACCCUGGCACAUUUACAUGUGCUUGCAACAAGGGGUACACCCUCUACGGCUUUACCCACUGUGGAGACACAAACGAGUGCAGCGUCAACAACGGAGGCUGUCAGCAGGUCUGUGUGAAUACGGUGGGCGGCUACGAAUGCCAGUGCCAUUCUGGGUACAAGCUCCACUGGAAUAAAAAAGACUGCGUGGAAGAGAAGGGGCUCCUGCCCAAUAGUGUGUCACCCCACGUGUCCCUGAACUGUGGAAGGAGUGGUGGAGGAGACAGGUGCUUCCUCAGAUGUCACUCUGGCAUUCACCUCUCUUCAGGACUGCAAGAGGCCUACUCUGUUACCUGCGGCCCUUCCUCUCCUCUCAGGAGCAAACAGCAAAAAUCAAAUGACUCUGCUUUCGGGGGUAACAUCUCUCACUUGUUUCUUUCUGAAGAUGUCGCCACCGUGAGGACAAGUGUAACCUUUAAGCUAAAUGAAGGCAAGUGUAGUUUGAAAAAGGCUGAGCUGUUUCCCGAGGGUCUGCAACCAGCACUACCAGAGAAGCACAGCUCAGUAAAAGAGAGCUUCCACUACGCAAACCUUACAUGCAGCUCCAGCAAGCAAGUCCCAGGAGCCCCUGGCCAACCAAGCACUGCUAAGGAAAUGUUUAUCACUGUUGAGUUUGAGCUUGAAACUAACCAAAAGGAGGUGACAGCUUCUUGCGAUCUGAGCUGCAUCGUAAAGAGAACAGAGAAGCGGCUCCGGAAAGCCAUCCGCACACUCCGGAAAGCUGUCCACAGGGAGCAGUUUCACCUCCAACUAUCAGGGAUGGACCUUGAAGUAGCUAAAAAGUCUCCCAGAACAUCUGAACACCUGGCAGAAUCCUGUGGAGUGGGACAGGGCCACAUGGAAAACCAGUGUGUCAAUUGCAGGUCUGGGACUUAUUAUGAUGGAGCACAAGAACGCUGCAUUUUAUGUCCAAAUGGAACCUUCCAAAACGAGGAAGGACAAAUCACAUGUGAACCGUGCCCAAGACCAGAAAAUCCUGGAGCCCUGAAGACCCCAGAAGCUUGGAAUGCAUCUGAAUGUGGAGGUCUGUGCCAACCCGGUGAAUAUGCCACAGAUGGCUUUGCACCCUGCCAGCUCUGUCCCCUGGGCACAUUCCAGCCUGAAGCUGGCCGCACUUCCUGCUUCCCUUGUGGAGGAGGCCUACCCACUAAACACCUGGGAGCCACUUCCUUCCAGGACUGUGAAACCAGAGUUCAAUGUUCACCUGGACAUUUCUACAACACCACAACUCACCGAUGUAUUCGUUGCCCAGCGGGAACAUAUCAGCCUGAAUUUGGAAAAAAUAAUUGUGUUUCCUGUCCAGGAAAUACUACGACUGACUUUGACGGCUCCACAAAUAUAACCCAGUGUAAAAACAGAAGAUGUGGAGGGGAGCUGGGAGAUUUCACUGGAUACAUCGAAUCUCCAAACUACCCAGGCAAUUACCCAGCCAACACCGAGUGUACGUGGACCAUCAACCCACCCCCCAAGCGCCGCAUAUUGAUUGUGGUCCCUGAGAUCUUCCUGCCCAUCGAGGACGACUGUGGAGAUUACCUGGUGAUGCGGAAAACAUCCUCCUCGAAUUCUGUGACAACCUAUGAAACCUGCCAGACCUACGAACGCCCCAUCGCCUUCACCUCCAGGUCGAAGAAGCUGUGGAUUCAGUUUAAGUCCAAUGAAGGGAACAGCGCCAAAGGGUUCCAAGUCCCGUAUGUGACGUACGAUGAGGACUACCAGGAACUCAUUGAAGACAUAGUUCGAGAUGGCAGGCUCUAUGCAUCUGAAAAUCAUCAGGAAAUACUUAAGGAUAAGAAACUGAUCAAGGCUCUGUUUGACGUCCUGGCCCACCCCCAGAACUAUUUCAAGUACACGGUUCAGGAGUCCCGAGAGAUGUUUCCAAGAUCUUUCAUCCGACUGCUGCGUUCCAAAGUGUCCAGGUUUUUGAGGCCUUACAAGUGACUCUGCCCACAUGCCAUUCAGUACAGAUGUUCCAGUGGUGGACUUGGGAUGGAGCUGCAUGCCUUCUGCAUGCCAGCACACAGUCGGGUAUUGCUGUCUCCAGUACCAGUGACUCGUUAGAGUUCAAUUUUUAUAGAUAAUACAGAUAUUUUGGUAAAUUGAACUUGGUUUUUCUUUCCCAGGAUGGUGGAUGUGGACUGAGAAUGGCUUUGGGUUGCACCUGCUUCUCAGUGCUGUGGGCAGAUGUCUUGGAUUCAGCAGGGGCUGGCUGAGCUGGGCUUUGGUCAGCCUGGGUGAUACUCAUCUGUCCUUCCUUGUUCUCACUCCUCCUCAAGGGGGCUGUGCUGGAAAGGAGGCCACAGACGGGGCUGCUUUGUCGGGAACUUCAGCUUUCUCCAGAGUGGCCCUUCUUAAGGAGUCCUCUGUUGCCAUGUGCAGGCUCUGACCACCCAGGGCAGGAAGGAAGGGUGGGAGGAAGAACCCUCCAGGUGCCUUUACUCACCCUGGACCUGGGAGGACUCAGUUUCUCCACAGCCUUCACCAACCUGUAUGAACUAAGUUUGAUCCCAGGAGAUUGAGUUCUAAGCAGUGAUCAUUAAAAAGUACUUAAAAGAGAAAGAAUUAGAAAUAAAAAGGUAAAACCUAAGCACUUCUGUGGCCAUAAUAAUGUGGACCUAUUGACAACCUUCCCAGUUGCCAGUUUCCACUCCGUGACAGAUGUACAGUGCUGUGCCUUCAGACUGCAUUAGGGAUGGAGAGUUCAGGUCAGUUGUCAUCUCCUUAGUGGAUGAGAGUCACCUACUGCCAUGAAAAGGAGAUGAGGAGUACUGUCUGAGCAGUACUGCCAAGAUGUCCUACUUUUCCAGGGGGGUAGGGAGGUGGGGGUCCUGCCACAUGGGGUCAGAGGUCAGAUGGAAUGUGGUAAGGACCAACCUGCCAUGUUUACCCUCCUUCCCACUCCUCAAGGUCAGGGACUGACUCUGCACCGAGGAAAUGAGUAGUUCCACUAAGAGUGAUCUUGUUCUCUUGCUGGUGACAUGACUGCCAGAAGCAGCUACAAAAUUCCAGGCCUCUAAGUGCCAUCGAAUCACCUCACUUUUGGUUGGCACAGACAGGUCUCACAGUUACUUACUCCCACAGGAACUUGAAUUUUCAAUAUUACUGAAUUUUUAAAAAUGCAAAUCCAAGGCAAAAAUCUCAUCACAAUGACUAAAAAAGGACCCUAUAAAACAAACUGCCAUUUCCCUAAUGAAUAGAGUGAACUCACAUAACCAUAGUGUUAUCUCAGUAACAAAUAAUUCUGUAUGCAAUCAAUUCUUUAUACCAAAGUACUAAAUAAUACGUUUAAAAUAUUUUUGAAGAAUACAAAGGCUAUUUCAUUAUUGUUGAACUCCUUUUUUCACUUCAGUUUUUUUUAAAAAAAAACUUAUUAUAUUUAGUUUUUUGAAAGUCCUAAUCAAACUUUCUUCUUUAUUUGGAUGGAUCCUCAAUUUCCACUAUCAGAUUUCUCUUCAAAAGUUUGAACACCUUCAUUUAAAAAAACAAAACAAAACAUUAAACAAGCACUUGGAAUUUGUUGUACUGGAACUUGCCGUGUUUAGCUGAGUCUAACAAUAAGUAACUCUGUCUUCAUGAGCAUUGCUGAUUUCACAAGAAGGCUAGGAAUGGGAAUACUCUAGGACUUGGAAGGAGGCUGCAUAAGCCCUGGUCACUGUGACGUGUCCUCCAGGAGCAGGCCCAUGUACCAGAGCUGUGCUCUGGGACAAGCCCGAAGCUUCUUCUCUAUACUAAGAGAGGUACCUUAGGUAGCCACCCUAAGAGAUGCUUCGGUCAUGUUGGAAGGCUGGCUGGCUGGGGCCACUGUUGCUACCUGCUGAAUCAAUAAACAUUAUGGAACAUCUGCUCUGACCUAGGCACUGUUCUAGGCCCUAAGGGAUGCACAGUGACAAGAGAGACAAGGUCCCUGCCACAUUUUAGAGGGAAGAAACAAACAAUAAACAAAUAAAUAAACAUGACAAGUAUCAGCUAAUGAUAAAUGCUAUAAUGUAAAUUAAAACGGGUUAAUAUAACCAGAUGACUGUGUGGCUACAUUGGGUGCAAAGAUUGUGGAAGGCCGCUCGGAGGGAAAUGACAUUUAAACUGAAAACUAAAUGUCAAGAAGGAACCAGCCUUGGGAAAAAGCAGAGGGAAUAAUAUCCCAGAUAGAGGAAAACCGAGUGCAAAAGCUCUCGGGCAAGAACAAGCAUGUGUGUGCAUCACAGUCUAGUGUGAAGGCAAGUGGGACGAGAGAGGCUGAGGAACUGGACAGGGGCCAGAUCACGUCAGGCUUUGUUCGGGCUUAAUUCUAACUAUGUUGUGGAGCCUUUUUAAGUAGAGGAUUUUAAGCAGAAGGGUUUAAGCAGAAGAAUGACAUGCUCUAACUUAUGUUCUUAAAAGAUAGCUCUGGCUACUGUAUGAAGAAUGGAGGCAGAGAGAGCAGUUAACAGGCUACUGCAAUAAACCAAGUGAUCAUACAGUUGGGAAAUGAGACUAUUGUCUGGAAUUAGGGUGGUAGUACUGGUGAUGAGAGAAGUAGAAGGAUUCUGGACAUGUUUUGGGGGAGAGUCAACAGAACUUGCUGAUCAGGAUUGGCUAUAAGAGGUGAGGGAAAGACACCAAUCAAAGACACAUUGCUUGAGAAUCUGGGUAGAUGGAGAAGACAGGAGGAGGAGUAAGUCUCUGAUGUGGCAAUUUUAAAGCAUAUCUGCAUAUUCUGACCCUCCUUCCAUGGAAAUUUGGGGUCUGUGUCCUCUCAUCCUUGAAUCUGGGCUCAUGACUACUUGACCAGAAUUAUUCAGCAGAAAUGACAUUAUGCCAGUAUCUGGACCCAGGUCUUAAGAAAUUGGUAGUUUCCACUUCCUCUUUCUUUAAACACUCACUCUUGGUGCUCAGUCAUCAUGCCUUGAUGAAGCCAUAGCAACCCCUGGAGAAGCCAUGUGGAAAAGAACCAAGCCCCCCAUCACUACCCCACCACCACCACCACCACACAUACAUACAGGUCCAGUGGAGCCCCCAGGUGGCAGCAAAACUUGCCAGCUAUGUGAGUGAGCCAUCUUGGAAAUGGACUCUCCAACCUCAAGUUGAGCAGAUGCUUCAUGGAACAGUCCCUAUCAAGCCCUACCUAAACUGCAGAUCUGUGAGCAAAAUCAAUGAUUAUUGUUGGUAAAAGCCACUAGGUUUGGGGGUGGUUUCUUAUUCAGUAAUAAGAAACAGGAAAGGGGGAGAAGAUUGGGAGUUCUACCUUGGCCAUUCUAAAUUUGAGAUGCCUAUUAGACAUCCAGGGAGAGAGUUCAAAUAGACAGCUGGUUAUGUGAAGUACCAGGAGGAGUCAGAGCUGAAAUAUAAAUUUUAGUGUCACAGAAUAAAAACAUGAGCCUGGCUGAGGUCUGGGGAAAAGCGUGUAGAUAAAAACCAGGGAGAUCCGAAUCCUGGAAUUUCCUAUGGGCAAAGAGACCAUGAUUUGGGGGAGCUGCUUAGUAAGUAAACAGGAAGAGGUCAGAGCUGAGCUUCUACCUUCCCUCCAAGAGAGCUAGUUCUGUGGGUGAAAAGUGAGGGGGAAUGGAAUCUGUACAAGUCCUUCCUUCCAGCUGUGGUUAUUAUUCUUUAGUCAUACUGAAGUACUGCAUUUACGGAUUUAGCAAUUUGGUUGCCCUUGAGUUUCCAAUGCUAAUAAAAGAAUUUUCUCCUUUUCACACUAACAGAUGAUUAUCUUCACUUUGGAAAAUUGCUUCCUCUGAAUCAUUCUGUGAGCUGUUAAGUGUGUCGUCUGUAGGCACUCACUGGAUUUAGGUUUGCAGGUUUUAAAAUGUCAUAUGGUAACUUGGGAAAGGUGGUGGCUGCAUGGCAUGAAGCCAGGACUCAUUUGCCCUCUGGCAGAUCUCUGCAGUAAGAUGCACCAGAACUAUUGCCUGCUGCAGACCACCAGAGCUUGCGGGCCUGUGCCCUAGAAAGCCCAGGGGCCCAUACCAGGCCCAGCCACUAUCUUCUCCUCAACCCAGAUGAGGUGUUUGCUAUAGGACUGUCAGCAGCUCUGCUUCCUUCAACAUAGCAGGAGGGGUCCUGGGAGCUUUAUCCAAUUCUAUGCCACCCCUAGCCAGCAUUUGGGAGGCAGAUGGUUAUGGUGAGUCUGAAAUAAAGCAACUCCUCACCAAGUAGAGGAAGCCUUCUUACCUAAGGCCCACUACUAGGGAAGGCAUCAGCUACCUCUGAAUCCAGGUCCCAGGAGUGGCUGGCAAGAGCCCUUCCACAAGAAAUUGGAGGCCUUGGCAAAGUUCCCUUUCUGUGACCAUCUACUCCAGUGACUUGUGAGCCCAGCUCAGGGGUGUCCUGAACAUGCUACUCUGUCUCCUUCCCCCUUUGGAUGGUCCUGAUCAGCAUGCGGGAGGCCAUCUUUGGUGGCCUACUGGCCCAGCAGGUCUGCACCUGUGAUUGAUGUCAGUGAUACAGCCACAGAGACAUCACUACUCACCAUGGAUCACUUUCCAGAGAACACAUAGGGUCAAAAUAGAUUUAGAAAGCGAAACCACUUUAAUUCACAGUUAAGUUGCUCUAGUUGAAUAAAAGGGUUAGAAAAUAAAAACCACCUACUACCAACAGUGAUAACAACUCUGCAUUGCUUGAUUUUCAGAGUAUCUCAUAAAGGCAAUGAGACUGCAGACCUUAGUUACAAAUAAUUCUUUAUGUGUUUGCUCAUUCAUUCACUUAUGCAGUAAUUAUUUAUGAAGGCCUCCUAAGUGCCCGGUUUGCAGUAGCUGGGGAGAAAGCAGUGAACAAAAUAAAGCCCCUGCCCUCGUGGAAACUAGAUUCUAGCUGAUAGACAAUAAAUAUGUAAUGUACAGUCAAGUAGCGAUAAGUGUUGUAAAGAAAAUAAAGAAGGGCUAAGGGGUGGGAUGGGAGUUGCUAUUUUAGAUAGCGUGAGCUCAUCCUGGAGUCAUGAAUCCAGGCCCCUCCCAGGGCACUGGCUCCUCAAAACAAGCCUGGGAGCACGGGCCCUGGCAAGCUCCUUUACUGGCCCAGCAAGAAUUUGUCAUUUCAUCUCACGCUAGGCUAACCAAAGCUCCAAGUUGUGAACAGCCAUUUCGCAAUUUCUAGUCCAGGUGCCACCUAGUGGUCAUAGAAAAUGGAACUGUCUUGGAGUUUAAAUGCCCAUAGUUCAAGGGAAAAUGUUACCAAUGGGGUAUUGAAGGCCAGAGCUGUGGUUUAAUAACUGAUUUAUUGUAUGGUGUUUGAUAUAGCUCUCAGAGUGUAGAUCUUUUAGAUCUUUUAGUUUAGAUCUCUUCUUUCCCUCUGCCUAGCCUAAUGACUAAUGACUGGAAGGGAAGCCAUUGAUUUAGGUCAUUUCAAACUAUCAACAAUGCUCUGCAUCACGCACACACACCCACAUACAUUCGUUCAUUCAAUGCUUGUUAUGAUCUAGGCACCAUGUGAGGCUGGAUAUACUUUGCAGAGAGAGGGUAGAAAAGGAGUUUUAAAAAUGAGGAAAAAUUUCAUUCCAUAAUAGUAAUCUUGUGCAUUGUCCCACCACAUGUAGUUCCAGGAGCUACCAUACCUACCUCAGUUAGACCAUUCUCUGAUCCCAGAUUUUAUCCUAGGAAUGAAGGAUAACUUUUGAAAAAAGGAUAACUUUUUUCCUACAUGAGACAAAGGUAGGAAUACAACUCCACCUCAAAUCUGAGCUUUGGUGCUGGUCUUGGCUUAUUACACACUCUGAGGUUGAAAAAAAAUGAACAGUUGUUAAGCAGGAAAUGUCCCAGGGAGGACAGAACCCAGCAAUGUGUGACAUGGCCACAUGCCUCAGAAGAGUGUUGUGGGAAGUGUGAGCUUGGGGGUGAAGCCUGGCCAGGCGUGCUGUGCUCAGCCCUCUGCAGCCUUAUGGGGGUAACUUGCAACGCAUGACUGAAGAUUGGUCAUUGUCACAUGGUGCCAGUGUGGCUGUGUAUAUAAUGCCUGGUCAUCUGUAUAAAACUGUCAACCAUGUAGUAAGAAUUAUGCCUGGAAUUUAGAUGUUAGAUUCAAGUGACUUGGCUUGAGAAAGGAAGGCAACUUUAACAGGUGUCUCCAGUGAUGUGGGUGCAAGUAUAAGAAGCUUGGUAAGCCCUCUCAGGGCUUCCCAUGAGGAACAGGGGUGAUUCAAGCAAUAUCACACACCGAUCCCCCCCCCCCCCCAAUAUUCCUAAUGUGCUUUUCUGAGAAUGCACUCUCUCCACUUAUCACAGUGACAGGUAACAUCUCUAAGAUUCAUGUAUCAUAAUGCUCAUUUUCUCCAAGACUCCCAUUAUGUCCUCUGUAGUACCUGGAUUUAUAUUCCAGCUCUGCCACUUACUAGCUAUGUGAACUUGCUUGGCUCAUUAACUUCCCUGCCUCAGUUUCCUCAUGUGGUUAAUAAGGUUAAUGAUAGUACCUACCAAAUAGGAUUGUUGUGAGAAUUAAAUGAGCUCAUAACAUGGAAAAGCUCUUGGAACAGUGCCUGGAAUAUAGUAAGAGCUCAGUAAAUGUUAACUAUCAUCAUAUCAUCAUCAUCAUCACCAUUGUCAUCAUUACCUCCCAAUUUUUGAGACUUGGGACAUUAAAUCCAAGAUAGAGUCUUUAAAGGGAUUCACACUCUACUGGUUUCUCCCACUCCACUGAAACAGAAAAGGAUUUCACUUGGAAGCAGAAAGAAAAGCCUGCAAUGUCUGAUUUGGUUCUCACAUAAGACCCUCUGAAAAACCCUCUCCUCCUGAGCCGGGAAGGUGAACAUGCUUCUCUAAUCCCUAAGACUAGUUCUCUUAGGUCAGGAACAGUGCACAUACACACACAAAUACACAAACACAGAGGCCUGACAAUCCUUCAUCUUUUCUUAUUUCCAAUCUUCAGCUCCUAAUGCAUGAGGAUGGCAAUAUAUCUCCUUGCUAAGCUCAGAAUCACACAUUCUCAACUUUGAUAUUUCUAGCAUGGCAAAGUCUAACUUUUGACCCCAAGAAAGCAGUGUUCAGGGCUGUACGUGAAUAAGGUCAAUAAGGAGACUCACUUUAGCAGGAUGUAAACUCAUGGCCCCGAAGAAACAGUGAAUACUUUCCAUGAUCCCACAUCGUUAAUGGGACAAAGCCCCUAUUUAAGGCAUGAGGGCAGAGACCUGGCCAUUGUGCAGUGUGCACCUGGGAGAGCACAGAACUCAAAGCUGAAUGUGCUAAUGGAGUGUGGACAGCCUGGGAAGGGAGAAUUUCAUCUUUUUAAAAAAUCAUGAAUGGCAGGAGAAAAUGUAAUUAUACAGUGGAGAAUUUAGAUAAUACCUUUACCAAAUUAUCAAAAUUAGCAUCUCCAAUAAAGGACAGAUGGAUAUUGUAUGCCUCCAGAUGUGAUACACUGAGAAGGAUAUAAUAUCACCUAUACAGUACUCAGGCCAAGAAUGCAUAGCUUCAAUCUAAAUACAAGGUGUGCUGCUUUGAAUCUGUUAUGAAACCCCAUAAAAGACUAUGUUCUUAUAAUCUACUCUUAUGGGGGCAGACCCAUUGUGGGUGGGAUCUUUUGAUUAGGUUGUU